AUGAUUUAUAAAACCAGUAUUGAACAAUGUGAUUGUGUACACAACGGACUACCUCCACAACUGCUGGAUUUAUUUACGCUUGUUUGUAGUAAGUCUGUCAAUACAGCCUAUUCUACGAAGUUCGGUGAAUAUCAACAAAGGAUAUGUCUACGAUUUCCUACAUCCCUGGCUAGGAACUGGGCUUCUCACAAGCACAGGGCAAAAGUGGUUCGCGCACCGCAAGCUGAUCACCCCCACGUUCCACUUCAAGCUUUCUGGAGAACUUCAGGAAGUGUUCGUGGAGAAAACGCAAAUCUUGGUGGAGAAGCUCUGCGAGGAAGUGUCUGCGCUAACACAUUGUUGAUUGCCUUCGUAGGUCGUAAGCGGCGCGUGGCCUUUCUGGACUUGCUGUUGGAGGCGUCCCAGGGAGGAACCGUCCUCAGCGACGAGGAAAUCCGCGAGGAGGUCGACACCUUCAUGUUCGAGGAAAAGGUCUUCGAAGAGCAGGCAUCUAUAUUCCAAGAUUCUGGCAGGCAGCCCAACACUCAAGAUCUGGCUGAGAUGAAGUAUUUAGAGCGAGUGAUUAAGGAGAGCCUUCGGUUGUAUCCCAGUGUUCCGAUAAUUGUACGGUAUUUAACAGAAGACGUAACAGUCGAUUACACGAGUCAUAUGAAAAAUACCUCACUCCCACCCAUACACCAACUUGUUUGUGUGUUCCCAGGCGAGCACCUAUUCCCUAAGGGAUCCAACGCAAUUCUGCACAUCUUCCACGCGCACCGCAACCCGAAGUAUUUCCCCAACCCGGAGACGUUCGACCCCGACAACUUCCUGCCCGAGCGCGUGCAGGGCCGCCACCCGUACGCCUACGUACCCUUCAGCGCAGGCUCCAGAAACUGCAUAGGGCAGAAGUUCGCGCUGCUGGAGGAGAAGACGGUGCUGUCGGCGGUGCUGCGCCGGUUCCGCGUGCGGGCGCUUGACGCGCCAUCUGACGUGCGCCUGUAUGGAGAGCUGGUGUUGCGUCCGCAGGGCGGCAUCCGAUUGGUCAUCGAGCCGCGUUGACGUCUUUGCACGCUUCCCCAAACAUCUGCGGCAGCCAUUUGCAAUUUUUGAAACACAUAUCGAC